UGAUCAUGAGGCUGAUGUGGAAGUCCGUGGACAAGAUGAGGUGUUUUAGGAAGCGGUCCAUGUUCCCAUUCCUCGGCUUCCUCAUCACCUUUCUGCUCUUUUUCAACCUGUACAUGGAUGAUGGAUAUGUGCUGGAGGCUGAAAAAAGACAGCUGGGAGAGACACUGAUGCAUUCUGCAAACUCUGAGAGAUACGUCCACACGUUCAGAGACUUAUCCAAUUUCUCUGGGACCAUUAAUGUGACCUAUCGCUAUCUGGCAGGAAUUCCUCUGCCACGCAAAAAGUAUCUAACCAUCGGUUUGUCCUCUGUCAAGAGGAAAAAAGGUAAUUAUCUUCUGGAAACAAUCAAAUCCAUCUUUGAUCAGUCCAGUUAUGAGGAACUGAAAGAAAUUGUGGUUGUGGUCCACCUGGCAGACUUUGACCUGGUGUGGUGUGAGAACCUGGUGCAGGAAAUCACUAGGAAGUUUGCACACCACAUCAUAGCCGGACGCCUCCUGGUGAUCCACACUCCAGAGGAGUAUUACCCAUCUCUGGAUGGGUUGAAAAGGAACUACAACGACCCGGAGGACCGGGUCCGUUUCCGCUCUAAGCAGAACAUUGACUACGCUUUCCUUCUCAACUUCUGCACGAACCUCUCUCACUUCUACAUGAUGUUAGAGGAUGACGUGCGCUGCUCCAGGAACUUCCUGACAGCACUGAAGAAGGUGAUCACCUCCAGAGAAGGUUCCUACUGGGUGAUGCUGGAGUUUUCCAAGCUGGGCUACAUUGGAAAGCUGUACCACUCCAAAGACCUACCUCGUCUGGCUCAUUUCCUCCUCAUGUUCUACCAGGAAAUGCCCUGCGACUGGCUCCUCAUCCAUUUCAGGGGUCUGCUGGCCCAGAAGGAUGUGAUCCGUUUCAAGCCCUCACUGUUCCAGCACAUGGGCUACUACUCCUCUUACAAAGGAGCAGAGAACAAACUGAAAGACGACGACUUCGAGGAAGACUCCAUAGACAUUCCUGACAACCCUCCUGCCGGCCUUUACACAAACAUCAACGUCUUUGAAAACUAUGACGCCACGAAGGCUUAUAGUAGUAUCGUAGAUGAAUAUUUCUGGGGGAAACCUCCCUGUACUGGAGAUUUCUUUGUCAUAAUCUUUAACAAAUCAACGAAAAUCAGCAGAAUUAAAAUAGUUACAGGUACAGAGGAUCGACAGAAUGACAUUCUUCAUCACGGGGCCUUGGAAGUGGGACAGAAGUCAGUGGAAACUAAGCAGGGAAGGCAGUGCACAUCCUACAUCACGUUAGGGGAGUUUAAAGGCGGAAACAUUGAGGUGAACAAUGUGGACCACAAGAUCGGCUUUGAUAUCGAGUGUGUACGAAUAGUUGUUACUGCCAGUCAGAAAGAGUGGCUCAUCAUAAGAACUAUCAGUUUAUGGACCACACAGCCAGUGAGUCAGUUAAAGAAAUAACAGAAGACUGUUUUAAAUUAUCAUCUGUAUGUACAGUAUUAACUAUAGAUGCACUUGCUAAGUUCAUCUUGAACUACUGCUGUUUAUUGAAUUCAAAACAAUCCAUAUUUUCUUGGGUUGUUCAGAGACCUGCUGUAUGUUUUCAAGGUGAUGUAUUAAAAUGACCAAUCUGUACAUUAUGGAGCCUUUAUACUUAUGUUCAU